UCAGUGGUUAAUGACGUAGAAUCUGGAAAACGAAACUGAAUCACAGUUUGGAUCACAUCAAUUUGGAUAAAUAUUUCUAUUGGCACAGUGUAUACCAACAUUUCUUUUACUCGAGAGUACAUACCGGACUGCUUUACCAACCCAGAAAAUAUUCACUCGUGAACGUCAGAACACUGAAGAAAUGUCUCAACCCAAACCUCUCCUAAUUCCUUGGCUGCGGAAGCAGAUAAAUAGUGGGCGGUACCCUGGGGUUUGCUGGACAAAUCAGGAGAAAACUGAGUUCUGCAUCCCAUGGAAACAUGCUUUAAGGCAUGAUUCCUCCAGCGAUGAUUCACUCAUUUUCAAGGCGUGGGCUGAGGCUAGCAGUGGCAGAGGUAAAGGCAACUCCUCCACCUGGAAGAGAAACUUCCGUGCUGCCCUUAAUGCCAAAGGGUUCACAAUGCUAACUGACAACAAAAAUGAUGCAGCCAACCCCCAUAAACUGUUCAAGUGGCCGGAUGAAUCAUCCAUGGGAGGCUCUCAAGACCCAGAACCUUUUACGAAUCAAGGUCCUAGCCCUGAACUAGAUGGGACCUUUGAGGACCUUCACCGUUCCACAGAAUCAACAUCAAACUCAGCAUUGGUGAACCCAUCCACUUGCAACCAGGAUUUCCUUCAGCAAUGUUUGGAAGGGUUGAACAUUGAUCCCUCAGGACAAGAGCAAUAUGCACAAGAGGGGUUAAAUAGAGGGAAUAUGUUUUUUGGGCAACAGCAGUAUAUGGAUGAACUGGAGCGUUCUGUGGGAGAAGCCAUUUCCCCCGAACCACAAGUACAUCUAAUGGCAGAACAGCAGGUGAUGGAACAGAUCAGGAACACAUUGUCCAGUACCAGAGCAGACAACCAUUUUAGUACUGACUUCAGGGUGUGUGUGUACUACCGAGGAGUGAAGGUGUCAGAGCAGCUGGUCACAAACACUACUGCUUUCAGAUUAGUCUACAGGCCUGAACAAAUGCAGAGUCCUGUGUUGGAUCAAGACUCUGGAAAAUACCUGGUCUUUUUGCCCAGUCCAGAAUCUUUGCAGGACCAGACACAGGCAAAACUCACCCAGCAGAUACUGAAUGGGUUGGGGGAAGGCAUAGAAGUGGGAGUGUCAGGUGCCAUUAUCUAUGGCCAACGCAUGGGCGCUAGCAAGGCAUACUGGAGCUUUGACAAAUUCGAUAUGAGCAGGAGGCCACAGGAGGUAUCCAAACAUCAAAUGCCUCUGUACCAGACUAAGAUCUUCAUUGAAGGGCUUUCUAUGUUCAUUGCAAAUCAUGGAGAAAAGUGCCCCCCUAUCUCUUUGUUUUUCUGUCUUGGGGAAAAGUGGCCAGAUCCAAAAAAUAAGCCCAUGGAGAAGAAACUCAUCACGUUUGAGGUGGUGUUUGUUGCACUGGAGCUGCUCAAAUCAAUGGCAGUGGAUGGGGGUGCCUCCUCUUUGCAGUCUGUGGAACUUCAGUUAUCCUUGCAGGAGUCCCUGGAUGAGAUGAUGGAAUGGAUGGAUUCCCUGUAGAUGGUUGGCUAAAUUAUGGACAAUAUUGGUUUAGAUAGGGACUAGGGUCACAAAAUGCUGGUAACUUUGAAUAAAUGCAGUGGUUUUCCCAAUAUCAUGGAGGGAAUAAGUGAUAAAUCUAUAGUCAUUGUACUGGAACUGAAGAAAUGUUAUCAUCUCUUCUAUCAUAACCUUCAAAUUUACAGUUAACUUUACAGUCGCAAAGCUUAAUAUUUUCCCCAUAUUUUAACAACUAUUUAGCACCAAAAAAAAA